GCGCCCUCGCCCCUGCGGGCCCGGCGGGGGAGGAUGCCUGGGGCGGGGAUGGGUUUUCGCCCGUAGCUCCCCGCGCCCCCCCGCUUCCUUCCGCCCCCUCUCGCCUCCCGGGGGCGGCGCGGCCCCGUUCCCCGCGGGGGGCUGUCGCUCGGCUCCCUCCGGCCCGGCGGCGCUCACAUGGGGGGCAAGCAGAGCACGGCGGCCCGUUCGCGGGGCCCCUUCCCGGGGGUGUCGACGGAUGACAGCGCCGUGCCGCCGCCGGGAGGAGGGGGGGGACCGCCCCCCUUCGGCCAUUACCGAGCGGGCGGCGGCGGCGGCGCCAUGGGGCUGCGCAGCCGCUCGGUCAGCUCGGUGGCCGGGAUGGGCAUGGACCCCGCGGCGGCCGGCGCCGUCCCCUUCGGGCUGUACGCGGCGGCGGCGAGGGCGGCGGGGGAGGCCGAACGGGCCCCGGGCGGCGGCGGCGGCGGCGGAGGUCCGGGCUCCGACUCCACGUACGCCCAUGGCAACGGUUACCAGGAGACGGGAGGCGGUCACCAUAGAGACGGGAUGCUGUACCUGGGCGCCCGGGCCUCGCUGGCCGACGCGCUGCCCCUCCACAUCGCACCGCGGUGGUUCAGCUCGCACAGCGGUUUCAAGUGCCCCAUUUGCUCCAAAUCCGUGGCUUCUGAUGAGAUGGAAAUGCACUUUAUCAUGUGUCUGAGCAAACCUCGCCUCUCCUACAACGAUGACGUGCUGACCAAGGACGCCGGCGAGUGCGUGAUCUGCCUGGAGGAGCUGCUGCAGGGGGACACGAUAGCCAGGCUGCCCUGCCUCUGCAUUUAUCACAAAAGCUGUAUAGACUCAUGGUUUGAAGUGAACAGAUCUUGCCCGGAGCAUCCUUCUGAUUGACCUGCUGGGCAUGCUUGCUGAUUUCUCUUUAAGGGCACCUUGCUAUACCUGCUGUUCCUCCUCUCCCUGUCCCCCCCACCCCACCUGGAGUUUUGGGCUGACUUUAAAUUCCUCGAGAAGAACAAAAAAUAAAACCCAGAAACUUGAAUCCACCUGGGACAACGCCGAAUAUUAUUUUUUUUUUUUUAAAUUUUAUUAUUUUUAUUUGUUUUGUUGACAUUUUUUUGUUGUUGUUGUUGUUGGGUGUUUUCGUUUGGGGUUUCUUUUUGUUUGUUUCGUUUUGUUUUUAAUUUAAAACGUUAGAAAAAAGGAAAGAAAGAACCAUCCAGGAGAAGACAGUGUGAGAAAAGCCGAGCGACCUGCUCUCCCCUCCUCAGCCGCUGCUCACCAGGAGAGCUCUGCCUGCCAGGGAAGCCCCAGGGACAUCCUCGACUGAAACCCUGCCAUGAUGUUUGGCUUUUCUCCCCAAAUCCAAGGGGAAAGCUGCCGGGGGACAGCCGGCCAAACGGAGCACGUGGCAUUUCUCACCGGCGACCCCCCCUUCCCUUCUGACACCUCCAACCCGGACUUGCCCGGGGGCUCUGCUCAGUUUUUUUGCACUGACUAAACAGGAAUUUUCUCCUCUCUUGUCGUCUCCCUUUUGGAGAUCUCCACUCCCAGGGCCCUGGCAUUGUGAGAUUGGGGACUCUGCCCCAAGCCAGGAGCUGGGUCACUGCUGCUCCCCCUUGCUGAGCUGCAGGGGGGGGGUUGGGGGGGGUGUCUGUCUUUCAAGUGUUUACAACAAGGAAAAAAAAAAAAAAAAAAAAAAAAAGAGAGAAAACCGACAGAAAAUGGAAAAAAAAAAAAAAAAAAAAAGAAAACCAAACCACACAACUGAAGCUUCGUGUUGACUGGCGUGUUCUUCGGUUUGAGCUUCCCUGCCCUGGUGAUGUUUACAGACUGGUCACUCUUUAACUCAGCUAUAACCACUCAGAGACUGGAGAGCCGCAGCAUCCCCGCCGCCCCCCCCCUCCCGCCGCCCCCCCAAUCCCUUGCCAAAACCCCAUCCCCACCCCCUUCUUCUUUCCAUUGCCUUGGAGUCGAACCCUUGCCCGGAGGGUAUGGGGAAGGGCUCUGACAGCCCCCCCUGGCCUCCCCAGCCAUAGGGGUGGCUUUGCUGGAGGUGCCAAGAUGGACAAGAUGUUUUCAUGGCAGUGACCCCCCCGUCCCCACCCCCCCAGCCCGUCCCUGUCCCCUCCCCGUGCGGCGGGUGCGUUUUCAUUGGUGAGACCUCCCCUGCUGGUGGCCGUGCCCCUGCGGGAAACCUUUCUGUAUUUAUAUAUUAAAAAA